UGUGUGUGCGAGCGUGUGUGGCUGGGGGAAGCCAUUGCCUGUUUAAUAGUUGCUGUUGCUGCACUUCCGCUUCUCUCCCAGCGAGAGAGAGACACGAGUGGCCAGGCCCAGCCGCAGCCGCAGCAGCAGCCGCCGCGGCGGCACGGAGGAGCCAGACACAAAGAGAGGGGCUGUUUGCGGGGUGGGGUGGGGGGUUCGCUAUGUCGGAUGACGAUUCGAGGGCCAGCACGAGCUCCUCCUCAUCUUCGUCCUCCAACCAGCAAACCGAGAAAGAAGCAAACACCCCCAAGAAGAAGGAGAGUAAAGUCAGCAUGAGCAAAAACUCCAAACUCCUCUCUACCAGCGCCAAGAGGAUUCAGAAGGAACUGGCAGACAUCACUUUAGACCCUCCACCUAACUGCAGUGCUGGUCCCAAAGGUGAUAACAUCUAUGAAUGGAGAUCAACCAUUCUGGGACCUCCAGGAUCCGUGUAUGAGGGUGGUGUAUUCUUCCUUGAUAUCACUUUUACACCAGAGUACCCCUUCAAGCCUCCAAAGGUUACAUUUCGGACAAGAAUCUAUCACUGUAAUAUUAACAGUCAAGGAGUUAUUUGCUUGGACAUAUUAAAAGAUAAUUGGAGUCCAGCACUAACCAUUUCUAAAGUUCUCCUUUCUAUCUGCUCCCUUCUUACAGACUGUAACCCUGCUGACCCUUUGGUGGGAAGUAUUGCCACUCAGUAUAUGACCAACAGAGCAGAACAUGACAGAAUGGCCAGACAGUGGACCAAGAGAUACGCUACAUAAAUUGGGUUUUCACAUUCUUACAUUAUUUGUCUGUCACAGAGAGAGCUGCUUAUGAUUUUGAAGGGGUGGGGGAGGGUGGGAGUUGGUAAAGAGUAGGGUAUUUCUAUAACAGAUAUUAUUCAGUCUUAUUUCCUAAGAUUUUGUUGUAACUUAAGGUAUCUUGCUACAGUAGACAGAAUUGGUAAUAGCAACUUUUAAAACCGUCAUUAGUUCUGCAAUAUUAGCUGAAAUGUAGUACAAAGAAUAGACAUUGGGUUCAGUUGCUUGUAGUCUGUAAAUUUAAAAUAGCUUAAUUUUGUACAGGUUACACACAUGGCCAUUUAUGUAAAAUCCUUCAAGACUACACUUUUUUGUUGUUCAAAAAAAUUGGAACUUGUUUUCCUUUCUUGGGAGGGAACAUUGGUAUUGAACAGUUUUUAGAGACGGUCAUCUCAUAUAUAUAAAAUGGAUACGUGGCUAUAAGACACCAUAUAGGAAAUGAGUAGUUAUGUAUUUGAUUUUAUAUGCCAAUCUACUUUAUUGUGACAAGAUAAGAGGUUUGAAUCACAACUUGUGAAAACCUGUAGUAAAAUACCUUAAGCUGUUAACUGUAAGGUGUAAAAUAGGAGUUGCUCAGUGGAUUGGUUAUAUGUUGUGGACUACUUAAGUCUGCAUUUGUUACUGUGCUAAUAAACAAUAUUAAAACAACCACCUAA